GUUGACAAAUAGUACAAAGGCAAUUUUGAGAUUUGUUUGUGUGUAACAAAUAUUGUAAAUUAUGGAGGAUAUACAAGUAAUUACCCAAGAUUUUGUGAACGUACAUAUCACGAAAUCUGACGCUGAUAUCGGAGCCCCAGUCGAGAGGCGUUUCAAAAAAGGAAUAACAGUCUCCGAGUUUAAGACUAAGCUAGAACUUGUUACCGGAGGCAAUGCUACCACAAUGAAACUGAAGUUGUUUGACAGUAAAAACAAUUAUGUGUGUGACAUAGACAACGACAAUGCCCUGCUUGGGUCCUACCCAAUAGAUGAUGGAAUGAGGAUACAUGUGGAGGACAAAUUUGUUUUGCUCAGUGACGUUAGCUCAUCAGAUAGUGCAGAAAGAUUUCGUUUGUCAGAAGAGGAAUAUGAGAAGAAAGGAGACACGGUGCGCUCAUUCCUGCAGCGGAACAGGCUCGGCAAGUACAAUGAGGAGGAGAUGGCCAAAAUGAAGGAGCAGCAGCAGCAGGAACUGGAGGAGGAAGCCAGGCUGGCAGCAUCGGUGCUUGUAGGCGCGCGUUGCGAAGUGCGCGUGCCAUCGCAGGGCGUACGGCGGGCGACAGUGCGGUACAACGGGCCGCUAGAGGGCGCUAAAGGGUUGUGGAUCGGCGUGCAGUAUGACGAGCCGCGAGGCAAGAAUGACGGCGAAGUUAACGGCAAGCGGUACUUCACAUGCCCUCCGAAAUACGGCGGCUUCGUCAAGCCAGCAUACGUCACAGUCGGCGACUUUCCCGAAGAGGAAUUCGAUCUCGACGAUGAAAUAUGAUCGCAUUCACUGAAACGCUUAUUCAUUUUAUAAAUUAAACGUCAACCUCUGCAUUCGUCAAAUCCAGCUUCGCGAUGUACAGUCACCUGCAUGAAUAUGUUACUCUUUGGCGGCCGCAAAAAUUUGUGACAUGCUCUUAUGACACAGAAUAAAUAAUAGUAAGUACUACCAUACAGAAAGGACACUUCCUACAACCCGAAGUUUGACAGCGGUUCAGGGUUGAAUCAUGCUAUCCCUUUCGGCUAUUUAGGGUUAUCAAAAUUCAAGUGAUUAUCUUAUUUGUGGUCGUGCACGCAAAAGGAAGUCAAAUGGUGUCAACCCUAAUAAUUACUCGGAGCAAUGCUGAUCGAACGGAGCCGAGUUUGACCGAAGUGAGGAGUGUCUCCCCACUGCUUAUGGCUCUACAAAUAAGAUCGCAUCAGAUAUUAUUGCGGCCUUCGUUGUGUUACAUAUUAUUGCAGGUGAUUGUACAGCCGCAAAAUUGCAUGGGUACUUUACGAAUGAAUUCAUUCAUGCAAUUUUGCGACUUUGGUACAGUUAACAGCAAAGCUUGCUAGGCAUGCUCCACUGGCACUGAAUAAUUGCUCUCUUAGGGCCCC